AUGGCCGAUACAUUAUCCACGGAACUGAUCGAAUUCAUCUUCGCAUACGCCGCCGAGAUUGACGCAACAACCGCAGCCAAUGUCUGCCUCACGAACAGGCGCGGUCGAAAGAUCGCGACGCCUAUCCUGUACCGCACCAUCUGCAUUGCGGCCUUCGGCAAGAACAGAGUCAACGAAACCCCAGUGACGACAUGGUGUAUCCUCGUGCGAAGAAUGCAGCGACUUUGCCAAAGUCUUUGGAAGAAGCCAAAUCUCGCCCGAUACGUGAAACGUAUCGUUCAUGACGCCGACUUUGGGAUGCCGCACUUUCACGCAGAAAUCUACAACCCGACAUUCGACAAGGAAGUGCGCGACAAGAUCUUAGCGCUCCGCCCGCCCAUCAGACCAGAGAUUGAGAUUGCCAUGGGGAUGCCAGGGAAUGCCUCCGACACACAAGACCUUCUCACCGUCUUCCUGCUGAUCAUCUGUCCUAACUUGGAAUCCCUCAGUAUCGAGGGUCUGCCAAGGUCCAGAUGGGAGCAUAGAAAGACGUUGGACGACUUCUUCUUCAACUCCAAUUCCAUUGUCGAGACUGUACGGCGAGAUAAUCCAUACAACGGCGCUACUAUGUUUCGCACAGACGGUGUACAGAAUGUGAGAGAGAUUAGCCUCAGUUGUACUGGCCGGGAAGAGCUGUCUGCAUCGAUUGCAGCAAAUAUGAUGAGAUACAUCCAUCGCCUCUUGCCUAGCCUACGAGUUGUGGAGAUUGGGCUUCUCCACCGGGAAACCAAUGGAUUACACACUGGCUGGCAAGCUUCAGUGUCUCCCAUCGAGGAACUUCGCAUCAUGUCAUGUGGCUGGGAUAUGAGCGGGAACACGCCGAGACUUGAUGAUCUUGUUUGGAUGGUUCCGGCACUCAGGUCACUCAGCAUUAGCUUCAACAAGAACGUGAACGUCUACGACAGUUCUACUUUUGAUUGGGGUGCGAUAAUAGGUGCUUUCCAACAAUUCGCAGGUCUGGAGACCCUCCGUCUGGACUACCUCUACCUCGGCCUGGCGUCCUCUGCAAAAUGUCACAGAGCGUUGAAGGAGCAUUCAGCCUGUCGUCCCAUUACCGAUUUGAAGUUCUUCCCGCGCCUGAAAGCACUCUCCGUGCCAGCCUUCGCGCUGUUUGGCUGCCGCAUCAACGAUCAAGGCCAGCACGUACCGCGAGUAGACACGUACUAUCAACUCCAAUACCUCCUCCCGUGGACCCUCACCGAGUUGGAGGUUGUGUGCGACAACGAGCACUUCACGGACGAUGACAUGGACAUGUUACGCAUGGUUGGGCCGGAAUGGCUGGACGAUGUGAUCAUUGUUAACUGCUUUCGGGAGAAGUGGAUUUCCAGACGACAUGGCGAAGGCUCGGUCGGUGAGAGGGCUGUUCGGAGGAACAAGACCGCUUAUCUGGACGCUUUCUUUAAUCCGCUAAUGACACGUCAACACCAUUUUCACCUUGACUGUCGGCUGGGGGAAUGA